AUGCCCCUUCAUCUUCUUCCCCCUCACCCAACCUUCCCCCGUCACUCUUCUCUUUCCUCCGCCGACUCCCUCUCCUUCCCACUCCCUCCGUUCCCCUUCGCACCCCUCCCCUCCUCCACUCUCUCCCCCCCCACCCCCCCCCCUUCCUCCCCCCCUCCCCCUCCGCCCCUUCCCCUCUUUCCUCUCUCCCCUCCCUUCCCCCCCCCAUCCCACGCCCACUUCCCCUCCCCCUUCCCGCCGCGCUCCCCCCCCAACACAGGUUGGCAAGGACAAGCGCGCACUGAAGUUGGCGAAGCGGAAGCUGGCACCCACCGCCGCGCCAAGGUCGGCAAGGACAAGCGCGCGCUGAAGCUGGCGAAGCGGAAGCUGGGCACCCACCGCCGCGCCAAGGUGAAGCGCGAGGAGAUGCAGACUGCUCUCCGCAAGAUGAGGUCCGCCGCCAAGUAA